CACCCUAGCGCUAGUCGCGCGGAUCGGAUCUCGCUAGUCUUCCUGUUGUGCUGGGUCUGCACCUCGGAACGAUGUGUUCUAGUUUCCGGCGAGUACCACUGCGACUGCCGACAUACGAUCACUAACGGGCGAACAAUUUCGAAACCAGUGCCUGCCUGUGACUUUAGCUAGGUCGUGUCGAGAACAGCCAAAUGAGGGACUAUCUUCAUAGGUGGUCUUACCGACUCUGAUUUGUCGCGAUAAAAAGUGCAGAUCCGUUACGCCAAGGGGGAAUCGAGUGGCUUAGACACAUGGACCCCCAAGCGCAACCAGACAGAUAGUGUCGUUCGGUGCUGUCAGGGGAAAAUAGGAAAUUAAAUUCGGAACCUAAAACAGAAGUCUUAUCGAGACGAGGAUCCCCAGAUAAGGACCGGCGCGAUUUUGCAGAGGGGGGAGUCGAAGGGACGGCAUGUGAGGACGUAAAUAGGUAUCCUCUGUAGCUUCGCGCCGCAAUCGUGAAAGUACAUCGCAGCAUCUAUGCCCGGAGGUACCCCACGAUGAUGGUGCUCCCGGAUGGAGCCACCAUCAACAUAAGCUACCACGAGCCCCGAAGGAUCAUCAAGCUCCCGCUGGACUUGAGCUCACUGUCCGAGGCCGAGCGUAAGGCGCGCAUCGAAAAGCGGAAACCAAAGCAAAAGAUUCGAAUCGAAGACGAUGUCGAGGAUACAUUUAACGCCAACAAGUACCUGAAGUACAUGAAACGGAAGUAGCUCCGCACGGUUGGACGAAAUAGUUGUAAAUAAAGCGUCGUAAAUUCGA